AUGGCGGAUGAAAUAGAAAUCACAAAGUUGGAAGAAGGUUCAUAUAGUCCUUCAGUCGGCGGCCACAAGAUCCCUGAGUUUUGCGCAUCAGGGGCUGUCGUAAGCCUCAUACAAAAGGUGAUAGCAGAAGUUAUUGGGACUUAUUUUCUUAUAUUCGCCGGCUGCGGGGCUGUGGCCAUCAAUAAGAUAUAUGGGUCUAUCUCAUUUCCAGGGAUGUGUGUGGCAUGGGGUUUGAUAGUUAUGGUGAUGAUUUACGCCGUCGGACAUAUCUCCGGCGGCCAUUUCAACCCAGCAGUCACCAUCACUUUCGCCAUCUUUCGAGGCUUCCCUUGGGCACAGGUGCCCAUUUACGUUAUGGCUCAGGUAGUAGGAUCAACAUUUGGAAGUGCCACAUUGUAUCUGCUGUUUCCCGUAAAACCUAAGGAUUAUUUCGGAACUCUUCCUGUAGGAUCUGACAUCCAAUCUCUGGUCCUUGAGAUUAUCAUUAGCUACCUCUUGAUGUUUGUCAUCUCAGGUGUUGCGACUGAUGACAGAGCGAUUGGAGAACUUGCAGGGAUAGCAAUCGGAAUGACAAUACUAUUAAAUGUCGUUAUUGCUGGGCCGGUAUCUGGAGCAUCAAUGAACCCUGCUAGGAGUCUUGGACCUGCCAUUGUUAUGCACCAAUAUAAGUCUAUCUGGGUUUACAUAGUGGGGCCAAUUGUUGGCACUAUUGCUGGAGCUUUUUCCUAUAAUUUAAUAAGGUUCACAGACAAACCUCUGCACGAGCUAACCAGAACUGGAUCAUUGCUCAGGAGUAUCUCCCCUCCCCAUCAAGGCUCAAUUUGGGAAAAGUGCAAAUGUAGGGUUUAG